CCUCUCAUUGUUUGUUCAUGAUUGCUCUCCUUUCUUGCUUGAAAUUAUACAAAAAUGGGUCAAAUUUUGAUCUCCAUUAUGGGGUUUCUCACAUUUGCAUUAUCGGUUAAUGGUUACUAUGUAACUCCAUGGAGCAAUGCCCAUGCGACCUUCUAUGGUGGUGGUGAUGCCUCUGGGACAAUGGGUGGGGCUUGUGGGUAUGGAAAUUUAUACAGCCAAGGGUGUGUUAAUGAUCCACAAUGGUGUCUUCCGGGCACCAUUGUCGUCACUGCCACCAAUUUCUGCCCACCGGGCGGAUGGUGUGAUAAUAUUCAUUUUGAUUUGUCUGAACCUGUUUUUCUUCACAUUGCUCAAUACCGAGCCGGAGUUGUGCCCGUUGCUUACCGAAGGGUACCCUGCAGGAGAAGUGGGGGGAUUAGGUUCACAGUAAAUGGGCACUCCUACUUCAACUUGGUCCUAAUCACAAAUGUAGGUGAUGCAGGAGAUGUGAGAUCUGUAUUUAUUAAAGGGUCAAGAACAGGGUGGCAACCAAUGUCAAGAAAUUGGGGGCAAAAUUGGCAAAGCAAUAGUUACCUCAAUGGACAAUCCCUAUCUUUUAAGGUCACCACAGGUGAUGGUAGAAGUGUAGUGUCAUACAAUGUGGCACCACCCAAUUGGUCUUUUGGACAGACAUUUACCGGGAACCAGUUUCGUUAAACAGUCAGAAAUUUAGUUUGAUGGUAUUUAAUCUGGUAUUUCGAAUAUCCUUGAAAAAGGUAUGAGUUCAAUUAGUUCUCUUGGUUUUAUUUUUAUAAAGGAAUCAAUAGGCGGGGAUGAUCGAAUUAAAUAAACUUAAGUAAUGAUGUUAUAUAGCAUAUACUUAUACGAAUUUGAUGAGUAUAGUGUUGUGUUUUGUUUGUAUAAUUGGGCUAUCGUAUGUGUUUUUUUCCAUCGUAUGGAGUAAUUUUAAAAUUCCUACUCGGUGUAAUCGUACACGUAUAAUGAAUAUUUGCAUAUUUAAUAUUA